CCUAUGAACGACCGUUUGUCGGUUCCUUUUGUCCAAGUGGUCUGCCGCUGUGAAAUAUAUCUUCGCAUAAGUGCAUCGGUGUUUCGGGUGAGUCAUCACAGUCAGUAGGGGAACAGUCUAAAGAAAACCAGGCGUCUACAUACCUGACCUGUUGGUGAAGAUUUACCUGUAGCUUCGUCUGCAUCUUCAGAUACAACGCCAGGUGUUUGAGAGGCGUUGUUUCUAGCAACAACUUCAACAUCAUACACUGACGCCAACAACGACGAUGUCUUUCCGGAGCUUCAACUUCAGUUCCACUCGAAUAGUGAGAAGUCGGUUCAGCGAAUCAUGGUACUCCUUUGGGAGAACACGGCCCACUAUGCUGGAACUCGACAGCCACUUCCGGAACAGGUGGAGAGACGACCUGGGGGAAAGGGAGAUAACCACGAGGCACCAAGAAAGCUUUGGUCAGGAUGUGGCAGGAGACAAGGAAAGGGUGGAUGAACGAUCGGAGAUUACAGGAGACGAUUUGGCCUCAAAACUGCACGUGACCAACCUUGACCUUAACAUAUCGGAGAACACCAAGCAGCACCACACAGACAUGUAUGAGUGCACAGAGGUCAGGGGUCAUAAGGGAGCCGAGCUGGUGGUCAGGAGAGGUCAGCCCUUCCUCAUCACCAUCACCUUCGACAGACCUUACGACAUCGACAAGAACGACAUCACGCUUUUGUUCAGCUUAGCGUCUGGAGAAAACGACAGCACAGUCGAGGAGCUCUUCAAGGUGACGGAAGACGAAGACACGUCCUAUAAGCCACGCAAAUGGGGCGCCACCGUCGUCAAGAAGGGAGGUAACUCUCUCACAGUAGAAGUGUUCUCCCCAGCUUCUACCCCUAUUGGAGUGUGGGACUUGAUUGUCAGGACCACCGUGGACGUCGAGAACGGCAAAGACCUCAUCUGGCAGUACAACCACAAUGACGACAUCAUUAUCAUCUUUAAUCCUUGGUGUAAAGAUGAUGUGGUUUAUCUGCCUGACCCAGAGUGGCUAGCGGAGGCUGUGGAAAACGACUCGGGAGUGUUGUACCAGGGAGAUUACGAUAACAUUAACGGCAAGCCCUGGUACUUCGGUCAGUUUGAGGACGGCAUCCUGCACGCCGCUCUCCAUCUUCUUAGGAAAGGCUUCAACUUCAAGAUGACACGAUCCAUGGGGAACGCCAGCAAGGUUGCCAGGAUGCUCUCCAAGAUAGUGAACUUCAACGAUGACAACGGCGUCCUGUAUGGGAAAUGGAAUGGCGGUUUCGACGGCGGCACGCAUCCUAACACUUGGACAGGGAGUGUGAAGAUCCUGAAGCAGUACAUGUCCACCGCCAAACCGGUCAAGUUCGGACAGUGCUGGGUCUUCUCAGGGGUCCUCGUAACAGUGUGCCGAGCGAUAGGACUGCCCUGUAGGAGUGUCACCAACUAUGAAUCUUCUCACAACACUGACAAGGAACGUCUAAGCUUAGACGAAAUAUACCGACCCAACCAUACGGGUGGCUAUGUCAACGUCUCCGGCGACAGGAAAUGGAACUUUCAUGUAUGGAACGAGGUAUGGAUGAGUCGCCCAGACUUGGGGAAACAGUUUGACGGGUGGCAGGCCAUUGAUGCCACGCCCCAGGAGGAAAGUGAAGGCGCGUUCUGUUGUGGUCCCGCCCCAUUGAAGGCCAUCAAGGAAGGGCUUAUCUACAUCGGCCAUGACACGCCCUUCGUGUUCGCGGAGGUCAAUGCGGACUUAGUGACUUGGGAAGAGGAUUCAGUGACCAGAAAACUCAAACAAGUGAAGCGGAUCAGGAACAUUAUUGGCAAGAAUAUCAGCACCCACAGUCCAUCCCGUGAGUCACAGGUCGGGCUGCAGCGACUGGAUGUAACUGACCAGUAUAAGUAUCCGCAAGGUUCCGCGAAAGCAAGAGAUGUGCUCCGACAGGCCCAGGCGAUGUUCAGAAAGGACAAUCUGGAUGACGAUGAGGAUGAGCUGCCGAUGUCACAGGCCAUUGGACUGAGUAUGGACAAUAUCGAUGUCAUGGUGGGAAUGGGCUUCUCGGUAAAGAUACACGCCCGCAACAACGACAACGUGGCCCGCACCGUUACCUUGUUUAUCGACAUCUUUCACAGUACCUACCACGGCGUCACGACGGGGACGGCUGCCCAGUCUGAAAAGAUGGAGACAUUACAAGCAGGGCAAAGCCAGACUUUCACCUUGAGUGUGUCACCCCAGCAAGCAAUGAUGCGCCCACAGGAAGGCUUCAACUUCCAGAUCCAGGUUUUAACGAAGGUCAAGGAAACCGGAAGUCUGUUCACACAACUCUACAACGUUCAGCUGCGCCGCCCUGACCUUGUUAUAAAGGGUCCUUCCACUGUUAAAGCCGGGGAGGCAACAGAGGUGGACAUCUCCUUCACCAACCCGCUCCCCGUCUCGAUGACCAAAUGCGAGGUGGAGAUUGAAGGCAACAUGAAAACGGUGGCACCACUGAUGGACAAAAUCACAAUAGGAAGCAUCUCUCCUGGACAGACUUGGAAGAAGACGAUCAAGAUGUGGCCUACAGUCUUUCCUCGAACCCAGAAGAAGAGAGAGGCCAGCUUUGGUCUGGAGUCGGAGCAGCUCGGGGAUGUCAGAGGGUCCUACAGCGUGAAACUCACCUAAAGAGUCCACGUUCAUAAUUACACGUGGUAGUACAACCUUCCCCGCUUCCUUAUUCCAUAGAUUAGCAGUAUUACAGCAAGUGGCAGUAUCUCUGUCCUCUCCUCUAUUUUGGCGGAUUGACUGCACAAUCCCGUGGUGAAACUGCAUAUAAUACACUUAUAUCUAUGUCUAUGGCAAUAAUGCAUCGUUCGGUAGGAGUUUAAUCAACAUUUUGACUUGAUCAUAUGCCUGUAAUCCUAGCUUAAACCAGAUAGUUCAGUGCUAUAUGUCUCCAGGCAACACAAGCUAACCUUGAGCAUAAGGUGGCACGUGUGUCUCAAAUGCAUCAUAGUAAGCUCAUUAAGCAUCACAGUAAGUCUUACAGUAUCCAAGGUGCCACGCUUCGCCCAAAUGCAUGAUGGUAAACUCUGGUACUGCAGUUUACCAAAAUGGAAAAUUAUGAUAGCAGACUCCGGUUCCCCUGUGCCUAAAAUGCAUGAUGGUAGGC